AUGGGAUUACCGCCGUGGCUGGCUAAUAAUGAUCCGUUGAGUCCACCAUCCAAUGUUGCUUCCAAUUCUUCGACAUCUACCUCUGGAUUAGAGCGUUUAAAUUUACUGUCAGGUGCCAGUUCUCAACGAAAACGCCGGCCAUUCGACCACCUUGGUCUCGUUGAGAUACCUACGAAGCGAUUUGAUGGAUUUCCUCUUAUUUGUAAUCGCUAUCAAAACAAGGACAACAAAUGUGCUUCUCCUGGCAGUGUCAACAAUCCAGCAAUUGAACGACCGCAUCUUCAUGCAAAAAGAAAAGUUCUUCACCCGCUAAAUAACUCUGUGCCCACCACGAAAAUUCCGACAAAAUCUGAUGUUUCCGACUAUAAGUCAAACGAAACUCCUAUUGAGGUGGUGGACUCUAACGCAAAUAUUGCUGGCGCGGAAGUCAUUUGCGAAAUUUCUCUUCCGGCUGUUAAUUCUGCAUCUUCUAUGCAGAAUUCUAUCGAUUCUCCACUUGAACACGAUCGUAAAUCAAUUGAAAAUCCUCUCAAUGAAGUAAAUUCAUCGAGUAUCGAUUCCGUUACUGCUGUAAAUACUACAAUACUCGAAACGCAGUCUCUCCCUGCUCCUGAACAAGUUCAACUCGAAUCUCAAUCAUUAACAGUCCCCUCAUCUACCUCUGAAGGCUUUGUCGAAGUCUCAGAGACUAGCCCUACUGUCUCUCCUGCUGAUCCGGAAAUGGUUGCCUCUGAAAAUGUCGCGUGCUCUCCUUAUCAAGUACUUCCAGUGACUCUUCCGCUGAUGUGA